AUGCCUAAAGCAUUCUUCUACCAGGACCCUGUCACCCUACAAGAGGGAACACACACCAGUGCUGAAAUUGGUGGCAGAAUGAUCCAGCCUGACAAAUCGGAAUCUGUUACUGGAGAAGUUGACCAUAUCACCAUUUAUCAUACUCCGAAUAAUCCUGUGGAGCUCAAGUGUAUGCACGAUGUUGAAUUUUCACCUGGUGAACAAGUCAUAUUACAGCAGCUGGAUCCUGUUAGCUAUGCUGUUAUAGGUAUGCAAAGUGGAAAGGAAGUUGAGUUUAAGGAGUAA